GAAGCACUCAGCGGAAACUUUUUGGUUUCUUCUUCAGUUCUUCCCCCUUUCAGUACGUCUGCUGAAUAAGGAGGAGCGAUGGCGGCUCUGCAAUACCUCGAAUCUCUACGAGAGUCGCACCCGGAGCUUUCCGAUUGGUACAAUUGCCUGGCAGAUCUGUACCAGAAGAAGCUCUGGCACCAGCUCACUCUCAAGCUCGAACAGUUCAUUGCUCUCGCCAUCUUCCAGGCUGGAGAUGCUCUGAUACAACUAUAUCAUAAUUUCAUCACAGAUUUUGAGACCAAAAUCAACCUUCUAAAGCUUGCCCAUUUUGCUGUUAUAGUUUCUCGCCAAUACUCAGAGAAAGAAGCUGCUAUUAGCUAUCUUCAAGGCGUCAUUGAAAAACUUCAAGCUACUAGAGAGCAACGCAUAGAAGAGCCAAUUCUUUACAUUAAGAUGCAAAUUGGUAUCUUCAAGCUUGAGCAAGGUGACCAAAAAGAGUGCAAGAAACUUGUUGAAGAUGGAAAGAGUACACUUGAUAGUAUGACCGAUAUCGAUCCAUCUGUUUAUUCAAGCUACUAUUGGGUUUCAUCCCAAUAUCAUAAGUACCGCCAAGAAUUUGCUGAGUUUUAUAAGAAUGCUCUUCUUUAUUUGGCAUACACAUCAGUGGAUUCUCUUUCAGAUUCAUUUAAACUGGAUCUGGCAUCUGAUCUUUCCCUUUCUGCUCUGCUGGGGGAUAACAUCUACAACUUUGGAGAACUGCUUGCUCAUCCUAUUAUAAAGAGCCUUCUAGGAACCAGGGUUGAGUGGCUCUACUAUGUUCUCGAGGCUUUCAACUCUGGUGAUUUGGUUCGCUAUCAAGAGUUAUGUCAUGUGCACGAUGCUGCUUUGAGGGCCCAGCCUGCAUUACUUGAGAAUGAGCAGAAGCUUCUGGAAAAAAUUAAUAUUCUCUGCCUGACAGAAAUCAUCUUCAGCCGGCCAUCUGAAGAUCGGACAAUCCCCUUGUCUAUCAUUGCUGAGCGCACAAGGCUCUCAAUCGAGGAUGUGGAGCAUCUUCUGAUAAAGAGCCUGUCUGUUCAUCUUAUCGAGGGUAUAAUUGAUCAAGUUGAUGGAACGGUUCAUGUGUCCUGGGUGCAACCAAGAGUGUUGGGGAUUCCCCAGAUCAUAUCAUUGCGUGAUCGGUUGGAUAAUUGGAUGGGCAGAGUGCACACUGCUUUGUCUUCCAUCGAAGCUGAAACACCAGAUCUUGUUGCAUCAUAGUUUUGUUAUAGUUCCUUUCUGCCCAAUUGUAACAAUUUCUUCAUUGGAUAAUUCGAAGAGGCAAUGGUUAGCAAAGAGGAGAAAGAGACUAAUCUAAGUUGUGUGGGCGGUAGAGCCAGCUUUGUAUGCUUCCUUCAGAUAUUGAGUUAUCGUUUUCUCGAAUCCUUUUCUCUAAAGGAGCAGCUACCAUGUACUUCACUUUUGGCAUUUAUGAUGCUCAAGGAUCUGGAAAAUCAGAAGCAACAUCCUUUUACCCUAUUUAUUGAACUGCAUUUGAAAUUUCAAUUAGAGAUCCACUAUUGUGGGAGUAUUCUUUCUCGUACAUGUGUUUGGUUACUGGGAAUUUUCAUAGAAAAUUUAUUCCCCUCUCCCAUGAAUGUCAGUCUAAAUCUUUGCAUGUCCAAAAAUCCACUAGAAAGUGCUUCCCUUCCCCUCAUCUUCCUAGGAAGUGCUGUAAUGGAGG